AUGAGUUCUUCACAGCUCAAAGAGUUUCUAUUUUUCGAAGAUGCCGAUACACUGGCUUUUAUCGACCCUCCCUCAUACCGGCCGACAUGGUCUUUGAACCCAAACUCUGCUCAAGGUAUUGGCCAUAGGGUUCACAGCCAGAAGCUCCUAGCGACCGGCUCUCCCUUUUUCCAGAAGCUUUUCGAACCAAGGACGCAGCAGCGUAAUAUCAAACGCCGCGGAGCACCUCCUGAAGGAAUCAAGUACAUAAUUGACCUGACCCCUCCCUUAAGCGACGAGGAUGCUGUCCUAUAUUUGACUGAGCUAUCCUGCCCGCAGGGCAUGAGAACCUGGGCGAACUCCUUCUCUCGCUGGAACCUUCCUUUAACGUGUAUUUCUGGUAGCGACUCGUUUGCCGGCGAAGAGGAUCUUGGCCCUCUUCCAGAGUACUCACCUUCACGGCAUCGCGCGGGCAUCGUCCAUAUCUUGCAAGUCUUGGAAGAUAUUAGUCCCCAGUUGGACACACCUUGCAAGCUGUGGACCUUUUUUGCUCUGGCAAAGCUAUACGAAAUUGCAACAAUGCCCCAGAUUAACGUACGCGUCGCAACUUGGGUCUAUGAGUCCACAAACGCGCGUCUUAUUGAACUUCAUCCAGAGACCACGUAUCAGCUGGCCAAGGGAACUCAGUGCGACCAUCUUCUAGCGGACUCGUUCUCUAUACUAGUUGGAGAGGAAGCUCUGCUUCUUCUGCGGUCCUCUGAUUUUCCUGGACCUAGAAAGCGACAAGCCACCGUCCACGGACGACCGCAGGACCAGUUGGACGAUGAUGAUCUCCAGCGCGUACAAUAUGCCGGCGAAUCCUUCCUGAGUUAUAUCCUUGAGCGGUUCGCCGACUUCAUAGGAAUUGAGAUGCGUUGGCUCAACGACUCAUCCAUGUAUCAGACUGCACUUAAUUUCGUACCCCUGAACCCCGACGAGGAGGAGGUUGUGUCGGAGCUUAUCUCUUCCUUAAAAGACUUUGUGCGGGCAACUAUUUGGGCGGCCCUCUGUCCGGUAAGAGCGACCUGGCUUCCGAAUAAACUCAAGCACGACAACACUGGAACAUAUCCUACCAAUGAUUUCUACCACGUCUACGACUCCCUAGAUUUCGUUGAGCGCUUGACAACGAGGACAUUUUGGCAACAGCUCAUUGACAGAGGUCUCGGCGAGGACGAUGGAGAACUAGUGCCAGAGUCUUACUGGGGCUGCUCUGUUGCAGAUCUAUGCGGAUAUAAAGGGGGCCCCUUGCGAAAUCAGCACGAGGUGAUUAUCAGAGCGGUGACCCGUAAAGAGUUGAACCGCAGAGCCGCUAGAUUCAACGAAGUCCUCAGGCCUCUGGACAACGGCCCUCCGAUGGAGCUCGUGCAGGACCGCGAUGAAGACAAGAAAUUCUUCGGCGGCGCGGAACCGUACUUCUCCGUUUACGCAUUUGUACAAGAGGCUGAUUACUAUAUGCAGGCCUAUGCCAGGCACAUGGUCAACUCAAAUCGCCCCGAAAUGCAGUACGAGCUAACGGAUACACUCACUUGUCUGACGGACAAGGAAUUCAAGUACCUACCGUUAUGGGCUGGAGGAUGUGAUGAUGGAACAGGCGGCGUAUAUGCCGAGCAACCACCCCUCGCUGAAACAGGCGGCUUUUCUGCUCCGGGACCUGCCAUUCACACUGGUAGCGGUCUAUCCUCAUAUGCCCCAUCCACGUAUUCGUUCGUCGAAAGCACCAUCCAUGGCGCUUCCCACCGAGCCACAGAGGGAUUUGCUAGUGAAGUCAUGUCCAUCGACUCUGGAGACAUGUCGGAUGCCGGCGAAAGUGUGGCUGUGGGCUCUGUUAGUGUCCGGCCCACUGACAACGCAGACGACCUGGAUUUCACCCUGGACUCGUGUGCGGAGGAUAUUGAUGACGUAUCGUUUGACACUGACAGUGACAGCGGCGACACUGUUAUUGUCGGCAAUGAGACUGAAAGUAGUGAGUGGGACAUGGUUCCAAACGCGCCAGACUCAAGCCUUCCGAUCCGCGAAAAGCGCCGAGGUGAGAACAGCGAGCUGAGAAACCAUCAGGGGGUGAAGUCAGGGAAUGAUGGGACACAAGAACUCCCCAUCCGGAGGAAGAACUUUUGA